CGUAGCAGGACGCUGCGGCAGUCUUCCGGUCCAGCCACCGGCUGUUCACGGUAAAAUGGCAGAGGUCGGUGGGAGGCUUCAGAGCGGAGUUUACCGACUUUCGGCCCUCAGAAACAACCAGAAUGGAGCGAUGUGCAACGGACGAGCCCCGGGACCUCUGCCCAUAACCUGCACGUGCAGCGUUAAAGAAGAACCGGCUCAGGAUGAAUGUCAGGCUCGGCCAAAGGCAAGAACAGCAGCACGACAGCGUGUUUGUCAGCGUAAACAAGAUGAGACGUCUGAGCGAGAGUCGCCUCGUUUUAUUGGGUUUUUUGAAACAAUGCAAUCACACCAAACAGCCGCGUACAUCCCUGACAGACUGCCUGUCCUUCAGGAGAAGCUGCUGUCUGGCAGGAUGACAUUGUGGACCAGAGAAGCUCUUUCCUUUAAUCCUGACACAUUCAGGUCCCCUCAACAGCUGAGAGCCUUCAGCUCCAUUAUUUUACUUCCAGCGGGUCGGCGCUCUGAGAAGCCACGUUGUGGAGAAAGUGUAAAGUUUCUGAGACUAUUUCAUAAUUCAUCUGCAACAGGUAGAAGCCACAGCUGGGGCAGCGACAGCGGCUCAACAGAUGUUCCUUUACUACACAGAAGCCGAACAGCCUAUUAUGACGUUCUCAAAGUGUCGCCCGGUGCCACACAGUCUCAGAUCAAGUCAGCCUACUACAAGCAGUCCUUUAUCUACCACCCUGACAAGAACCCAGGGAGCAAGGAGGCCACCAAGUGCUUCUCUGAGAUCACCGAGGCUUACAGCGUCCUGGGCAACAUCGGCCUGAGGAGGAAGUACGACCGAGGCAUCCUGGGCCAUUCAGACGUCCAAAGUGCUGGGAGGCCGUCUUCUAAAGAGGCUACAGUCACACCCACAGGCCCCUCACAGCAGCAGCAGGGGGCCAGGCGCGUCUCCAGACCUGGAGGGAAGAUCAUGUAUGAUUUUGACGGCUUUUACCAGGCUCACUAUGGAGCACAGCUGCAGAAGGAAAGGGAAAUGAGAGCGAGGAAGGAGCAAAUGAGAGAGAUGCAGAAACAACAACUGGAUAGGGAGCAGAAGGACAAGAUGGUGCAUGUGGCUGUGUCAGUGCUGCUGGUCCUGGGGGGGCUGGUUUUUAUCAAUAUUGCCAAGUCCUGAAGCAGAAGCAGCAGCCAGGCAGAGACGGUGCUGCUUAGACUGGACUGACAGUAAAUACAGCGUGGACUAUGUUGCACUUUAAAGGUGACCUUGAAAGGUUUUUAUUGUUUUGUAGUGAAAAAAUAAAAGCCAGAUCACCAACAAAAAACGAUAUUGGUUCA